CUCCUAAUGAGGGCUGCACCGGCUCGCUCCACACCCAUAAAAACCCUGGUUGGACGUCAAAGCGGAUUCGUUUCGGUGAUGCUGGGAUAAAGGGGCGCAGCGAGGACUGGCUCCCCCCCUGCCAGCCCAGCCGAGCCCAGCGCCGCGCCGGGAGGGAUGCGGGGCCGGGCACAGGCGCGGGGCCGGGCACGGCUCCUCUCCGCCGCACGAUAAAGAGGCUCGUGGACGGUCUGCAGGGAUGUCGCUGAAGCGAGCGGGCUGCCUCCCCCUCUCUGCCCAGCGCAGGACCAGAGGCUGACUGGCAGCUGGCAUGUUGCCCCCUCCAGCCCCUGCUUGGCCACGCGAUGCCCAGCCCUGCCUGCCCUGCCUGCCCUGCCUGUCCUGUCCCUAGCCUUGCCUCCCACCCGUGACACCCUCUGCCUUCCCCAGGUGUUUCGGGGCGCGGUGACACCCAGCAUGCCGCAGAAAGCCACCCCGCAGCCGAAGCCCUGAGGAGUUUCCCGGUAAAACCAGCUCCCUGAAGGCCAGAGCUGCCCCUUCCCCGCCCCGGCGAGGACGAGCAUCUCCGACAGCGGAUUUCUCUGCGCUCUGCGGGUGUUGAGGUCCUGGUCUGCAGGCUCGAGGAGGGGCUGCCAUGGAAGAGAAUGUGUUCAGCGUGCAGCAGAUACAGCCCAACGUCAUCUCGGUGAGGCUCUUCAAGCGCAAGGUGGGCGGCCUCGGCUUCCUGGUGAAGGAGCGCGUCAGCAAACCACCCGUCAUCAUCUCCGACCUGAUCCGGGGAGGGGCUGCGGAGCAGAGUGGCCUCAUCCAGGCUGGGGACAUCAUUUUAGCCGUCAAUGGCAGGCCCCUGGUGGACAUGAGCUAUGAGACGGCGCUGGAGAUCCUGAGAAGCAUCGCCUCCGAGACCUACGUGGUCCUCAUCCUGCGGGGCCCCGAGGGCUUCACCACUCACCUGGAGACCACGUUCGCAGGCGACGGGACGCCCAAAACCAUCCGCGUCACCAGACCCCUCUGCCCGGCCCCCAGGGCGGUUGACUUGUCCAACCCAAGCCCGCACGGCAAAGAGCAGCCACAGCCCGAGCGCGCCAUGGGCUCCCUGUGGACCAGGGAGAUCGGCAGGGAGGUGGAGCCCAUGGUCCACGUUAACGGCGUCCUCACCAGCAGCAAAGGGCAGGACGCCGGGAAGGGCAAGGAGGGGGCUUGUGGCCGCCCUUGCCUCAACGGCGGCGUGGAGGACAACGAGCUGCUCAAAGAAAUCGAACCCGUCCUGGAUCUCCUGAAGAGCAGCAGUAAGGACAGCGAUGGAGAUGCGCCCUCCAAGGUAGAGACAAGGGAUAUAGAAGUCCAGGUGGACUGGUAGAGGGGAGGGGA